GGCUCUGCGCUUUUCUUGUCGAGGUGCCGAUGUCGGUGCGACUCUCCGUCGGUGUUGCGGGUGUCCGUCGGCCUUUUAUCAACGCACGAUCGCAGGGAGCACGUUGAGCGUAUGAAAUACAGGCAUGCGUGCCCAGUGAGGGGUCAGUAGGAGAAACGAAGUAAAACAGCUGGUUCAGCGUCGUCUUGGCAUCGGACACACCAAAGUGCCAGAGUUACGCGUCGGUCUGCACGGGAUAGUACUCCAGAUUUCUCAUAUAUGCGUAUAUCGAUAUAUGGCUAUUCGCAGCGGUGAUCAAAAAGAAUUACCCUUUUCCCUUUUCUUUUACGCGCGGUUGCAUCUAAUUGUCUUUUCGUCUUUACGCUUUCGUUGAAAUUCUGAUUGAUGUCGUGAUCCGCGCCUGUCCUCCCUGUGCUCUCUGCAGGGGGGAAUACCACACGGGUUUCUGUAGUCGUGGCUACGGGUGAUUCAUGCAGACUGCUGGUUUUUGUUUCUCUUUUUUUUGCUGAUCGGCUCCACAGAACCGUACGAAAAGGUCGCAUCAGCGCGUGACCACCACCACCGUGACGUCGGCAUUUGCGUAGGGAGCAGGGUGUCUGCUUUGUCGAUAGCCCACCUGAGUAAGCGAAACUGAAAGGCGACGAAUACAUGAAGCCAUCCAUCAACCUCCUCCUCCCUCUCUUCCUUCUUCCUUUGCCCCCCCCCCCCUCCUCUCUGCUGCGCACACACGCGGCCUAAAACGGCCCGUUCUCCUUCAUCCCCGCAGUUAAGUUUUAAAGGCUCGUAAGCUACUUCUUUUUUUCUCUCGCAUUAUCUUCUUUGAAAGGAAAACAAACAAACAAACAGCCAUUUUCUUCGUGGUUUUCGGUACGAUCCUCAAGCACGCCUUUGUCCUCUUCUCGUCCUCGCUUUUUGCAAGUACCUCCACAAGACAGCUUUGCCUUUUCUCUUGAGUGUGGGCUGCCGCAAUGAUGCUCGUCUCGGAUUGGUUCUCGCAGACCCGCGCCGUGCGUGCGCGCAAGGAGCGUGGCUUGCACCCGGUGAGCGAGGUGAAUAGGUUUGCCAUCCUCGUCUGUGGGCUUUUUUGCGGUAUCUGUGUGUCCCUGACGUACGCGUAUGACCUUUUCACGACGCAGUUCCGCGAUCAGUUCCAGCUCUCCGCCGGUGACCUCUCGACGGUGAGCACGGUCGGGCUCGUCUUCUGCUACUUCCUCCUUCCGUACAGCCUCAUCUUCGAGACCAUGGGCCCGUUCCUCAACUUUGUCAUCUGCCUUGUGACGGGUGUGAUCGGCACUGUGUGUCUCGCCCUGACCUUCACCGGCAAGAUCCCCGGCAACACCGCCACCAUCACCGUCUUCUACGCCUUCCUCAACACCGCCAGCGGCCUGAUCGACACGACAUACGUGUCGACAUUGUUCGAGAUUUUCCCGCGUAACCGUGGCCCGGUAGUGUGCCUGGCGAAGGUGAUGACGGGUCUGGGCAGCACGAUCUUUGCCUGCCUCAGCACGACCUUCUUCAAGGACGACAUCGUCGGCUUCAUUUACUUCCUUUGCGCCGUCAUCGCCGUCGUGACGGUGUGCGCGGGAUUUGUGAUUGUCCUGCCGCCGUACUACAUGAACUGGUGGCGUCUGCGCAACAAGGACCUGGAGGAGGUGGCGGAGUUGGCGGCGACCAAGCCGUUGUACCACCACAAGUCCGUCCCGAUGCGCCGCCUCGCCGUCGGCUACGCGGUGGUCAUCACGAUGAUUCUCUUCUUCACCAUUGAGACGCCCAUCGUGUCGUUUGUCCACAGCGUUUCGCGCGGCAGUGAGAUUGGCAUCGGCGUCAUCGCGGUCAUGCUGACGCUGUGCCUCUUCCUGAUGGUGCUCCCCCUGCGCUGCCUCGGCGGCAUCGACGAGCCGGCGCCGACAGACGAAGAAGUUCGUGCGAUCGCGCAGCUCUACGCCACACCCCGCGAGACGUCGAGCGAUGACGGAGCGGUCGAGAGCGAGGUGACGCUGAACAAGCCGGCCGUGGUGGCGGCAGCGGUGGCCGCGCAGGGCGACUCUCCCACCAACUCGGAGCCAGUGGCGGCGCCGGGGACGGAGGAGGAGGCAGAGAAGGACCGCUACGCCCGCCAAGAUCCGCGCUACCAGGGCACCACCGUGAUGGACUACAUCAAGUCACCCGACUUGUGGUUCAUCCUGCUUUACAUGUUCUGCAUCGCACCCAUCGGCAUCAUGGUCUCGUACAACGGCAGCACCGUCUCGAUCGCCAAGACCGGCGAGGCCCGCAGUGCGCAGACCUCCGCUCUCUACACCGCCUUCCUUGGUCUCGGCAACAGCGUCGGCCGCAUGGCGUUCGGUUUGUUUGAGGCCUACGUCCAGUACCAGCGCGGUCGCGGCGGCAAGCUGCUCGUGACCACGGCUCUGUUUGUGUGCCCUGUCAUCGCCACCGUCGGCGGUGUGCUGCUGCUGGUGCUGCCGGGCAAGGUGAUCCUGCUGCCUUACAUUCUCGUGUACAUCACGAACGGCUUCAACGCCGCCCUCCAGGCGCUCAUCUUCACCUGCCUCUUCGAGCGGUUCCACAACACGCUGUACAACAUGGGCUUCAUGGUGACGGUGAUCUGCGUGAUCUGCUUCAAUCGGCUCCUCUUCGGCAUGUACGUGGACAUGAAGCACCGCCAGCUGGGCCUCAGCGCGGCGCAGGAGUGCAAUACGGCGGUUUGCAUCCAAGUCCCUUUCAUCGUCUCCACCUGCCUCGCCGCUGCGGGCCUGAUCUUCGCGGCUCUCGUGCACGUGCGCUACGCGCGCUACGUUGCGCGCGUGCGGAAGCAAUCGGAGGAGAAGGCCGCCGAGCGGUCCUCCGAAGGCGAGUUUGUCGAGCUGCAGGAGGGGCUGUAA